AUGAAAGGUUUGAUCGACAGUGACGACAACGGAGAUUUUGACGCCAGACUCCUGUCUCUUGAAAAAUCCUGGGAUGAGAGAGAGAUUGCCACCGGAAAGGAUAAGCCACUCUUCUCUAGUUAUUUUGUAGCUAACAUCGCUGAGGACAUGAAAGAGAAGAUGCUUCUUCCAGUGAGAAGAUCGGCAGGCCUUGGCGAUAAUUUCUACUUUAACAACUGUCCCGAGAGCAUGAACAGUUGUUUGAAGAAGGAAAUCGACCAUCAGAAGAAGUCUUCUAAUCCCGGAGAAUCAUCAAAAUGCUCUUACAGUGAAUUUGCUGAGAUUGCUCAGAAGUUUGUAGAGAAAUACCGACGAAAUAUCCACAGAGCUAUCUUAGGUGACUCCCCCUACGUGUUGGCGCCAGAAUGCACAGAUCUCGAGGUGUCUAAAGAACAGUGGGAAAAGCUUUCAAAGGGUCGGAAGAUUGCAAAAAUCACGCUAUUGGAUGAAUGCGGCGCUGAAGAUUAUGAAGAAUCUCCUGCGUCUCCUUCGACCUCUGCAUCGCGUAGUUGUCCAUCAAGUCAGAUUUUGCCCGACUUCGAAUCCACUGGUCUGCCAAGAAACUUGAAGCAGUUGUGGUCAAACGCAGAAAUUAUUCUCCAAAAGAAUGGCGUUACCAAAGUUCAAGCUUCCUCUGGUUUGUCUGCCGUUAUUUCGCUAAGAAAACCAAAUCAAGUACAUAUCGUAAAGAAAGCAAUGGCAUUUCAUGUGAUUGUGAUGGGUUUAAGAAUUACAAGAUGUGUUCUCACGUGAUCGCCGCCUCUCAACAAGACGGAACACUGGGAGAACUUAUUGCAAAAUGGCAACCAAAUCUGUCGAACAUAGUACAGUCAUCUAUUCCCAAAAAAUCUGGAAAGAAGCCAGGGCCAAAGAGAGUUUGUGGUUUUACCUGUGCUCCAGAGCAACGUGAUAUAAACCGUUUAGAUGACCCGUUGAAAGAUGUUCCGGCCUUUCCUAAACCUGAAGCGCUACAUCUAAGAUGGAUUGAAGGUUCCAGAAUUACUACGUGCUAUGGGUGUGAAAACAAGUUCCACGCGUCUGUCAAUGCUCCUCCACCUCCCCCUCCUUAUGAUGUUGUGCUCUGCAGAGCUCAAAUAAAAGCAUACACUCCCAGAGGCUCUGUGGGGUUACGAUUCUCGUUUAAACCGGAGAAUGUUUUCUUUCACCUCCGACGAUCGUGCGUAGACCUUAAAAGCUCUGAACCCGUAACUGCCGAGUCAGUCGUGGUGUCCGAGUCUGAUAGGCAGAAGCUGCGAUCAAGCCACAAAGUGAUGUUAAGAAAGGAAUUCGGGGUGGUACUGUAG